UUCCCAGAACAGAGUUUUGCAUGUUGCCUUCCUGACCUUGACAAAUUUGGGAACCUAAACGUUAGGACAGACGUAUAUAAAGAGUUACAGUGUGGACUUGGAGUUACAUUCAGAGGAAAGUCACCAUGAGGGCCCUCGUGUUCCUGGUUUUGCUUGGAGCUGCAUUUGCUGCAGCUGAGGAUGAUAAGAUUGUCGGAGGGUUCGAGUGUCCCAAACACUCUGUUCCCUACCAGGUGUCUCUGAACGCUGGGUACCACUUCUGCGGUGGAUCCCUCAUCUCAAGCCAGUGGGUGGUGUCUGCUGCUCACUGCUACAAGUCUCGUGUCCAGGUCCGUCUUGGUGAGCACAACAUCGCUGUGAAUGAGGGCACCGAGCAGUGGAUUGAUGCUGCCAAGGUGAUCAAGCACCCACAGUACAACAGCUACAACCUGGACAACGACAUUAUGCUGAUCAAACUGAGCCGCCCUGCUACCCUCAACAGCUACGUCCAGACCGUGGCCCUGCCCUUUCGCUGCCCUGUGGCCGACGAGAGCUGCCUGGUGUCGGGGUGGGGCAACAUGUCCGCCAACGGCAACAGCUUUCCCGACAGACUGCAGUGCCUGAGCCAGCCUAUGAUCGAUGACAGGAUCUGCAGGAACGCCUACCCCCACCUCUUCACCGAGAACAUGCUUUGCUCCGGAUUCAUGCAUGGAGGUGCCAGCAGCUGCCAAGGAGACUCCGGUGGUCCUCUGGUGUGUGGCGGUCAGCUUCAGGGAGUCGUGUCCUGGGGUUACGAUUGCGCCAUGAAGGGACACCCCAGCGUCUACGCCCGUGUGUGCCGCUUCAACGGCUGGAUCAGCAGCGUCAUGAGCAACAACUAAACAUACACAUACAACCACGUGCGAGCUGACUCAGUUUAAAUCAGUUUUAUUUGGAACACCCUAUAUAUUACUGUGUCAUUCAUAUACAUCUCAUAAAUAUCAUGUUUAGGCAUAAUAUUCUGUAACAGUUGGAUAAAUGAAUAAAAAUAUACAAUAGCA